ACAGCACUAAACUGUGACCUACAGCUAUGCACAGCCACGUAUCACAUCAUGCGACAGUGCCGCUUUCGCGAGGAGCGCAUCUGUGGUGCUUCUGACGGGGUUCCUCAUUUCAUUACCAGACACACGUCCAAUGUGCUUGGGACCAGCACCCAUCGCUGGGGACACCUUUUUCAAAAGAAUGAGUGCAUUCUGAAGGUAGACCAUUAUGAAAUAUGUGAAGAUUCAAUAUUUCAGUGGGUAAAUUGGGAGGCUCCUUCCUUCGAGAGAGAACACAGCCAGGAGAAAGAGAGAUGCCUGAGUGAACCACAGCUUCAUUACCAAUCCGAGUCAACUCUGGCAACGGCCCUGCAUCCGAUUCACCAGCUUGGCAGGCUAAAAAUGCCACUUUUUGGUUGGAUGAAAUGGCCAAAAAAUGAUUCCUACAAACCCACACACUACACCGGCUCAGAUGUUGUGACAAAGACUCUACUUCGGGAAUUGAAAUGGCAUCUAAAGGAGCGAGAGAGAUUAAUACAAGAAAUUGAAAAUGAAGAAAAAGUAAGAAAAACAGGUGUGGAUUACAGCUGGCUGAGAAACUACCAGAAUCCUCACACAACUAUCCCAGCCAUGGAACAAAGACAACUCGAAGUUCUUUGCUCACAAGUUCAACCUUGCCAAACUGGAACUAUUCUCAGCAGAUUUCGAGAAGUUUUGGCAGAAAAUGACGUACUGCCAUGGGAAAUAAUCUACAUCUUCAAGCAAGUGCUGAAAGACUUCCUCAGCAGCCUGGACAGAGGCAGUCCUGGAGAGAGUCUGCAGGAGUCCGGGGAGACAGGCUGUCCCUCUGCCUCUGCACUGCCAGGUGACCAUGCCCAGAGGACAGACAAAGACGAAAUACCCACUAUCUCUAGUUAUGUAGACAGAAACACAAACAACAGGUUCCCACCAUGUUCACACAGAAUAUGGAACCUACCAUAUUAUUAUCCAUCAAGUUAGAAAGGCACCAAUCACCAGCAAUUUUUACAACCAACUUAGAAUCAGAGCCCUUACUGAGUACAACUUCAAGUUUGUUGUUUCAAGGCCAGAAGUUAAAAUUCCUAUGGUUGUACCCUAUUUUAAAUAACAGUCUUGUCUUAACCAUUCUAAAUAUGCAACGUUCCACUUAAUGAUACACUUUUAAAUAAAAAUUUUCCUAAAUA